AUGGAUAUAAAUUCUCUUAUUAACCAUGAAGAAGAUAUCUAUAUUAAUUAUGAACAAAGCAACUGUACUUUCAUUAAUCUGGUUGAUAUUAACUAUAAACCAAUUAAUAAAUUAAAUUAUAAACCAAAUAAUGAAUUUAAUUAUGAACCAAUUGAAGAAUUGCUAUCUGAUAAUACUAUAAAAGAUAAAAGUUCUGAAGAUAAUUAUUAUGAAUUAUUGGAUGAAAUAUUAUUUGACAAUACAAUAAUGGAUAAAGAUCCUGAUAAUAAUUUUUCAGCAAAAUCUUUUUUAAUGAAUUGA